AUGAUCCUUUGGGCAAUAAUUCCAUUAUUGUCGCAAUGUUUGGCGUACAACGUCUACUGGUUGGUUGAUUAUCAUAAUUCUGACAAUAAAAUAUACUGAAAGAUUUCAAACUCCAGAGGUAGGAAUAAACGUCUUCUUUCCAGGUACGACAAAACUCAGACACUUGCAAACCGUCAAGCAAUGGUGCACUUGUUUGAGUGGAAGUGGACAGAUGUGGCCAACGAAUGCGAGAACUUCCUACAACAUUAUGGAUAUGGAGCCGUGCAGGUAUAUCGAACACUGUUUCGAAUUUUUCAACUAGGACUUUUUGAGAUUUCUCCUCCAAUGGAGCACAUUUGGGCAAAUAACAACAAUGAUUUACCGUGGUGGGUGAGGUGAAUGCAAUUUAAAAUAGAGAAACAAAUAUUUCUUGGUUUGAAACUUCAGAUAUCAACCUGUCAGCUACACUCUGACAUCCAGAAGUGGAGACGAGUCCCAGUUCAAGGAUAUGGUCAACCGGUGCAAUAAAGUCGGAGUCAGGUAAAAAAUCAGGAAAAUUUGAAAAAAAUUUCUACAAAACUGGCGGCUCUAUUUUUUUUUUCGCUAUUGUGUAUUUUGCUCGUUUGUUUCCAAACAAACAAAAAAGUAAAUAUUUCGUAUAAUCUUCGAUUUGGGAUCCUUUUUUCCUUGAGACAAAAACAGCUGGUUUGAAACUGAAAAACUGUAAAAAAUAGGAAAAAAAAUUUUUUUGUUCAAGUCUCACUCCGUUAUAUCCUUUUAAAAUCGAGCUAUAUCCUUCCUUUUUUCUUGCGUUUCUCAACCAAAUUCUGAAGUGAUUGGAAGUUUUUCCACGUUUUCAAUUCUUAAUUUUUCAGGAUAAUUGUCGACGUCGUGUUGAACCAUAUGGUGGGAAUAGGACAAAAAUCUGGAACAGGCGGCAUCAGUUCUUCUGGCUCAUCCUCUUUUGAUGGAACUCACGGCGUUGAAACCUUUCCUGGGGUUUGAAUUAUAAGAUGACGUUCAAAAAUUUCACAGUUUCGAAUUUCAUCCGUUACAUUGCUUCUUGGAAAAAAUAUCCUACUCUAACAUAUCCCAUUUUUUGAAAAACAGUAAAACAAUUUUUCAGGUCCCUUACUCAAAAACAGACUUCAACGAUUUUCGUUGUGACGGCGACAUUCAAGGCAGCGACUACCAAAACAGUGCCGAGCAUGUUUCUUUUAAUAAAGGAGACUUCUUCCAAAUCUUAUGUGCUCUAGGUCAAAAAUUGUCGACUCGUUGGCCUUCUGGAUUUGAAUCAAGGAAGUACCUAUGUGCAGCAACAAAUUGUGGCUUAUUUGAACAAACUGGUUGAUUAUGGAGUCGCCGGGUUCAGGUAAAGUUUAUUACAGACUAUUCAUUCCUUAACAUCUGUGAAAAAUGAUAUUCUUUGUAGAUGCGACGCAUCCAAACACAUGUGGCCGGAAGACAUGGAAACCUUCUUGAACUCUGUCAAGAACUUGCGUGAAGAUGUAAAAUUAGAUUUUUGUUUUGAGAGAAUUAAAGAUCUACAGAUUUUCGGAUCAAAUCAAAGACCUUUCGUGGUUCACGAGGUGAUUGAUAGAGGAGGUGAAGCGGUGAAGUGCGGCGACUAUGUAACCAUUGGAAGGUGAAAAAUAAAAAUAAUUACUUUCCGGCCUUUUUUUCGUUUUUUUCAGAUUUUGAAUAUACACUUGCUUUUCGACUUUCAGAAUAAGAUCUUUGUCUAGAAAAAAUGACGAAACAUAAUUUAAAGGUACACAAACUUCAACUUUGGAGCUGCCGUUUCUUCCGCAGCAAAGGGACAAAACGACUGGAAGUAUGUAAUUGAAGCGCUACAAGUUGUAAGAAAAACUUUUCAGAAAUCUGGCCAAUUUGGGCCCCGGUUAUGGAUAUGGCAACAACGAAGACCAUGACGUGCUCAAUUUCAUCGACAAUCAUGACAACCAACGUGAUGACCCGCCUUAUGUUGUUAGUUUGUCAUGUUUCUGCUUCACGACAAAAUUAUUUUUAGAAUUGAAAGUGUAAAGUUCUAUACUACGUGGGGCUUUGAAAGAUUCUAGUUGCAGCUUAAAAAUGAAAAAAUUUUAGAAUGGGUCAGAAAAAAGAGCUAGAGAAGAUCCAUUGCAAUUCGCCCAUUUAUUCAGUCUUCAGGGAAGAUUUUCUGUUGAAUCAUGGAAUAAUUGAAGAGUUUAUUGUCGGUUCGCGAGACUGUCGCUGAUCGAGACCAGUGCGUAGACAAUCACCUCCUUUUUUUAAUAGGGGAUAGACGAGUUUUGAGCAUUCCAAAGAUCAGCUGCUUCUUCAAGUAGGAGCAGUGUGGCGCUUGUCGGAUCAAACCGCAGACGAGAGCGGAAAUAAAGGGCUACCACUCAAAAGGAAGAAAUGAUAAUAAUGAGAGGAAACUCAUGCAUACUCUCUAAACAAAAAAACGGCUCUUAUUCGAGUGAGCAGUCCAUUUUUGCAGGUCACUUACAAAGACGGAUAUCGAUACCAGUUGGCAGUGGGUUUCAUGCUCGCCUGGCCUUACGGCUACCCGAGAGUGAUGAGCAGUUUCUACUUCACCCAACACGACCACGGACCGCCGAACUCUGGCGCUUCCAACAGAUUUGCUGUAAAUAUCGAAUUUCUUGACUUUUUAGGGCGUUCUCGACUUUUCAGACCACUUCUCCCACUUUUAACUCCGACGAUACUUGCGCUCAAUCUUCGGGUUGGGUCUGCGAACAUCGAUGGGUUUCUACGAGGUUUUUUCAUGAUCAUGUAUUAAAAUUGAAGUGUUUCUUUUAAAAUUUUCUAAAACCUUUUUUUUCAGUUUAACUUGGGUUUUCCUUAGAGUCAGUCAAUUUGCUCGUUUUCUUGUCUAAUUUUCGAAGACUUACUGGCGUAAAUUUCCAUGAGAGAACUUCUAAAUUCGAGCGGAUUCUUCUCAUUGAGAUCUGUUUCAUAAGCCAAAAAUGCGUUAUGUUGUAAGAGCGAAAAACCACUUUGCAAAGCCAACGAUUCAGGGUUUUCCAAAACUGUAUAUUCUCUACUCAUACUUGUUCCAUUAUCGGCAUUUUCAAAACAAAUAAUUCAUUAUUUUUCCCUGCAAAUCAAGAAGGAGUUUUUUUCAGAAAGUUACAGGUAUGGAAUUUCAGAGAAAUGGUUAAGUUCCGAAGUGCAGUACAAGGAACAGCGGCGGUUGAAGUUGUGACAGAAAAUCAAAGGAUCGCCUUUGCUCGUGAAAUGACUGGAUUCUUUGCUCUAAAUGCUCAGAGCUCACCUUGGGGAAAGUGAGUUUCUUUCUUUAAAUGAAUGUAAAUAGCCUCAAAUUGAGAAAAACUCACAGUUUCAAUAAAGUGAAUUGUUUUUUUGGUAUUUGAGCUAGUUAUAAGCAAACAUUCUCAUUAGGGUAUUUUUAUUUAUCUGAGCUUAUUCCAGAUAUUUUCUAACAACUCUUCCUGCCGGAAACUAUUGCAAUCACUUCAACGGUGGUCUUUCCGGUACUUCUUGUGCAGGAGAAGCUAUUUCCGUUGGGGCUGAUGGCGAGUCAAAUCAGUCAUUUAGAUUUUCAGUUAUCCUUUCAGGUUCGGCAUACAUCAAGGUCAAUCCCAACUCAUUUGUUGGCAUCUCAAUGAACUCCAGAAUUGGUAAAAAUUAGUCGCUUUUUUUGUUUUGGAUAACCAUUUUGUUUUGAGGUGGCGUAGUCCCUCCGCCAGUACCACCUAAAUCGUAUUCCACAACAGUCAUCCUUUUGAAAAAAGACACUCAGCCCGGUCAAAAUGUGUUCAUUCGCGGUGGAGCUAGUCACAGUAACAGUGAGUUUUCUUCAAAUAACCAAAUUUUUAGAAAAAGAUAAAAAAUCGAAUUGAUGCGAAUUCAGAAUGCUUGAGUGGUCCCUUCCAGCAAGCAAGUGAUCCUUGUUCGAUUCCGAUGUUCCACACUACAACGGUGCCUUUUGUUUAUGACGAAUACCUCACUUGGAGCCAACAAGACAAUUAUCUCGACUUCGAAGGCGCUGAGUUCACGCAAGGUAGAACUUUCUCUUUUUUAAGCACCACCUGAAGGUUUCCGAGGAACUUUGUUCUGAGGAUACCUUUAAAAGCAAAUUUCAAAGUUCUCAGAGGCUUUUUUCCAGGCACGCAUGACGGACAAUCAGCUUAUGGAACUCCAUUGGCUUAUUCUACAAAUGAUAAGGAUGCCGUGGAGUAUCAGCCGUAUAACAAAUACGGACCAGGAUAUUGGAUGGUUCAGCUGAAAAUGGAUUGCACAAAGAGCGAAAACGGAUGGUUUGAACUUAAGGUUUGUACGAUUCAUUCUCAAGUGCGCUAGAAAAAAUCUCGAAAUAAGUUUGCUGAAAUUUCAAUAGAACAAAAAACUCAUCAAAAUCCCGUUAGAUGGACCAGCUUUUGAGUUUUAGACCCUUUCGACUCAGAAAAACUCAAUUUUUAUGCGAACAAAUCCAGUUUCCGUAUCCAAGCUGAGAAAAAUUGCAAAAUCCCAUCUGAAUUCUCUCAUUAUUUUUUUUUUCAAUUCACGAAAAAUGAAGCAAGCGGAAUUUCUUCAAAAAAAAAAAAACAAUUUUUUUCCUCUCACAGCUUGAUAAAUUGAGACCUUACUUCAAACGUUCCAUUAAACUCCGAUAAUCACAGCACUUUGCUAUUCUGUUUUCAGGGCUACGAAACCCCGUCGGGCUGGGAAGGAGACGUUUCACAGAAAACCUGCACGGGGGCAGUGGGCGGCCAGGCGCCCUUCUCUUCCAUCAACCACAUCGCCAAAUGUGGCGCAGUCAACGUCUUCACUUGGGGUUCUGGCGACUGUAUCAUUGACAAUGUUUGAAAAGAUUUCGUUUGAAUAAACGCAUUUCAAACUGUGUUUUUACAUAAAAAUUGCAAUUGAAUUCGAGAAGAAUUAUGGAGAUUUUCUUGAUAAUUACAGUGAACCAGCAAUGUGUGUUUCCGAACAAAAAACGGUAGCAGUUAUUGUUUCUUUUUCAAAAGAGCACGAGGCGUACCGCAAAGAAUAAAAAACAAAGAGAAGUUUUUUUUUCAUUUUAUAUUGAUUUUCCUUUAACCUUGAAAUAAUUUACGGGCCAAUCAAAAACCAAGACAUCGCACUAUUCAACGGAAAUGGUGCAAUACUUUAUUGUUUAAUGAAACUCUGCAGGAUCACAACCUUAUCAUACUGAUUUUGAUGCACAGUGUUUAAUUUUGAUGAUUCACUUGACAGUGAUAAGCAAAAAAAGAUUAUUUUGGAGCGGCUCUUCUUCUUUCAAACAUUGAUUACGUGAACCUUUGGCAAACAGUAAUAAGUUCCCCGCCAACGCUUUAUUAUUUUGUUUUCUACAAAAGAUCCAAAGAAGACAAAUCUCAAAGGUUUCUUUUGAAUCAUUGACGACUUUCAAAUUAAAGACUUCAGUGAGUUGGGUCUGAAAACUCUUUUAUUUCAAUUUGAAGAUCCUUCCGUUCAUAACUCUGUAAUAUUUUUCAUUAACUGUUUCUAUGAGCUGUCCUUUGAUCGAGAAAUGAUAACCAGUGUCAUCGAUAACGAAAAAUUAGACCUCAAACAGAACUGGGAGAUUUUUCAUUUUUUAAAUUCCUAUACCCAAUUUGAUGUAUUCCUAAGAGUUGCAGCUUCAAUCAUUGCUUUCAGAGAUGCAUGCCGUGUGUAUCCCUGUAGUUGCGUUAGGACUGGUGUUUUCUGCAGUGGCUGAAGAUUCCAUUGUGAUCACAACAGUGGAAAUAACUAAAGAAAAUCAAUUGUCAUUGAGGUGUGCUAAAGAUUACGUCUUGAAGGUAAAACAGAUAGCUUUUUUUGGCCAAUACUUUUUUGAAUUUUCAAGGUGAACGAGAAGAACACGACUUCGACCUGCUUAACGUCGACCGGCAACAACACCGUGAACAACGUUUACUAUAUAAUGGAAGAUGUAAGGUUAAGAAAAACUCUUUCGAAUCGAUCUCGUUUGAAUAUGUAUUGUGAGCAUUCAUAGCUUUCUUGAGAAUUCUUGUUGAGAAAGGCCCUCAAAAUUCUUUCGAGAGUAUCCUUGGAAGUCCGAACAAAAAAAUUUUGUACUCAAAAAUUUUUUUCUCGGACUGAUAAAACUUUUCUCUUGAUACACAUAAAAUCGUGAAAAAAAUAACCCAAAAAUUUUUAUUUUCGUCAAAAAAAUGAUUAUAAAAGCAAAAAAACCAAGUUGCAAACUUCCCACUCUGCUUUCAAAUUUUUUUCAUAAAACGUUUUGUGACUUUUAUUUUCUUCAAGAAUCUUAUUUUCAGCCCGAUCUGAUUCCUGUUUCUGAAAAAUGUCACCAUCAUUUACGUCAAUGAUGGAUAUUUACUCCAAGGAUCUUUCAAACCCAACAUAUCGGAUCACAGUCAGCAGAAAACAACAACGUUUACAGUACCGCUUGUUGUUUUGAACGGUAAUAAUUGAGGAAAAAAAAUUCGAAAUUUUUUCGAUAUCUAACAAGAAAACUGCAGAUAGUCCAGCUCUAAGUUUUCACUGCAAAUUUCCUGAGAUUUAAUUUGAAAGCUAUAAAUCCGAAAUGAAAAAUGUUUUUGUUUCUAAUUUUGAGACACUUCAAAAACAAACCAAAGUGAUGAGCGUUUUUUUAAGUUUGAGCCAGAGUUCAGAGUAAAUCUCAGAAAAAUUCCCAAUAGGCUUUCAGAGUUGAUUUGUUUGAACCCCUUUUUCUGUUGUACGAAGAAAUAAGUUAAACUUUCCACUAAUAACGUUAAAAAUAUGGAGAAGAGCCUCUUUAUAUGUCUCUUUUUUGCUCGACUUUUUUGCUAGUUUCUCGAAGCUUCUAUUUCAAAUGACCAAUAGAUUAGUUCAUGUAAUUUGAAAGGAGAAGUGUAAUAUCUUUCAACCAACGGUAAGAUUAUAUUCAAGUUAUUCCCAAACGAAUUUUUAUUUUCUUUUUUUGAGAUGUUGACGCUUUUUUAAGCCCCAAAAAAUAUUUCUGCUUUUUUUUUGAAAUAUAAUAGCCAAACUGUGCAGGUUUCCAAUUUUCUUGUGACUCCCUUGUAAUUUAGUGACUACUACAACAGCGAAGCCUCCAAAAAAAUCAACUGUUAUACCAACAGGAAGUACACAUCCUACAACAACACGGAAGUCCACUACUACUCCGAGACCGCUGUGAGAAUUUUUCAGGAACUUUUUUUGCCCAGAGACAAUUUUUGCUUACAGUUCAUUAUCAACUUUUUGAGCAAAUAAUAAUCAUCAUAAAUUUUUGAAGUCCAUCGAAAAUUCAAAUUGACGAUUUUUCACAGACCGGCAGAUGUUCUUUUCACUGUGACUUAUGUUCUUCAACGCAUCGAAAACCAGAAUACAACUAUCCAGAAAAAUAAUACAGCUGCAGUUGUCGUCGCCGUUCUCGAGGUUCACUUUCUCUCGAUAAAAAGUUCAGAAGUGCAAAAUAUGUUUCAGGGCUUGAUUCUUCUCGGAAUUCUUUUGUUUGCUGCAUAUAAAGUUUUGGUGAAGAGGAAGAAAAUCAGCGACAUUGGCAUGGACACCUUCAAUUGA